AUGACGAGUAUAAGAGAACUCCGUACCAAGUGCCUGUUGGUUGUCGCAGCUGGUCUGUUAUUCCUAAGCUAUGGUUUCUGGCAUUUCAACAAUACAGGCCGCCAGCUGUCGCGUGUUGUACCAACGGAACCAUUUCAUAGUCCGACCGAUAUAGAUACCACUUCACAGGUACUUGAUCCGGGAGCUUCGGUGCCAGAUACAACUCUAGGAUCAGAAGAACUGCAUAGACCCAACUCGCCUUCAGCUUCAGGGGGAAAUAUUGAUUCGGAAGCUGAAGGUGAAUCUGAUUCAGUGGCCGAGCCCGAAUCAGAGCCUGCAAAUAAAGUUGAGCAAGAAAAUGACAAGGAGGACGGGUCUGGAUCAAAGGAUGAAUCCGGCAAUAUUUACAGCUCGGAAGACCAAAAUCGAGCUAAUCAUGAACCUAUCACUACCAGUUCGAACCCGACUAUACUAUCUUCAUUUCUAGUAACUCACCGCAGUUCUGGUCCCAUAGAGACCACCAGUAUCAGCAGCACAAAAACCCACAAUGUAUUGCCAAACACCACAAGAUCCCCAACUGGAACAGCCAGGCGGCCGUCAAGACCAUUCGAACCCAAAACCACUUCCGAAACAAAAACAACUUGGGCCCAGAUUGAAGUCCAGCGCAUUCUUUACAUCAGGUCAUUACUUUCCAUAUUCGAAGACAACCGACCGAAUAUCGAACCCCUGAAUAAAUACAAGUACGACAAAACGGUACAACAGUCAGAUGAAAAGUCUACAAAGGAGGAAUUGUCGAAUUUCCUUGUUGUUGGUGAUGACGAUAAAGCCAAACUUACUGAGUCACACCGUAACUUUGUAAAAAGUAUACCAUCUUCGUACCCCGAGGGAAUGUUUAAUGGUAGUGGUGUGGUAUUCACUUCAGGAGGGGCUUAUCUUCCUGUAAUGGUAGCUGCUCUGAAAAUGUUACGACGAGUAUCGCCUGACAUUCCUGUCGAGGUUUUUAUGGCCAAUAAAGACGAAUAUGAACCUGAUAUUUGCAGCAAAGUUCUACCAAGUCUCGGUGCCAGAUGUUUCAUCCUUCAGGAUGUCUAUGGCGACAACUUUUUUCGGUCGUUUGAUAUUCAUUCAUAUCAGUUCAAGUCUUUGGCAAUUCUAGCCUCGUCUUUUGAAAAUGUCAUUUUCAUGGACUCAGAUAACAUGCUCUUCCGAGACGUUGAACAGUCACUUCAUCAAGAGCCAUUCAACAGUACUGGAUACGUUGUAUGGCCCGAUUACUGGGAUAGAACUGUAUCACCUGAUUUCUACGAUAUUGCCGGCAUCGAGUUAGGAGAUCGGGUAAGAGGUGAUUUAUCUAUCACAGACCCGAAUCUGGUUCCUGAGGCCGAUCUGGAGAAUGCCAUUCCUAACAAAACCUCUGAGUCGGGUCAACUAAUGAUUUCCAAGUCAAAGCACUACAAGACAUUACUUCUUUCUAUUUAUUACAACCUGAAUGGCUUCAAUGCCUACUACAAAUUAUUAUCACAAGGGGGUCCUGGAGAAGGCGAUAAAGAAACCUACAUUGCUGCAGCAAGAGCGCUGAACGCAACUGUACACCAAAUCAAAAGUCCUCUAAUAACAACAGGAAUGGUCCGUCCUAACGGAAUAUAUAAGGGAGUUGGUAUGAUGCAGGCCCUUCCCUACGACGAUUAUGAGAAGCAUGUUCUAAAAGCCCAGCCUGAAACUUGGAUACCGCGUAUCCUUUUUGUUCACUUCAACGUGUUUAAACUAAACCUUCGAUUACUUCUUGAAGGAGAAGAAAAGGAUGUCUUCCAAUCUGACGAGACCCGUAUUCGAUUCUGUGGUCCUGCUGGGAAAUCGCCAGCUCUAGAGCAUCAAGAUUUUGAGCUGCUGAUGUGGCGUGAAGUUGUUUGGGAGGCUUGCGACAUGCCUAAAAUGGGCGCUAAUUUUAGAGACUGGAAAGAUGCUGAUAUGUCAUACAUGUGCUCUGAAGCUGCCAGGCACUAUGCUUGGUUGGUAAAUACCACCAACUCUGCCUAA